AUGGCCAGUGAAGGCUCCAAUAUCCCUAGUCCUGUGGUGCGACAGAUCGACAAGCAGUUCCUAAUCUGCAGUAUAUGCCUCGACCGCUACAAAAAUCCCAAAGUUCUUCCCUGUCUGCAUACAUUUUGUGAGAGGUGUUUUGCAGAACUACAUUCCAGCUCACAGUUUGACCCUCUCUUGUCCAGUCUGUCGCCAGACUUCAAUUCUACCCGAGAAGGGUGUGUCUGCGCUACAGAACAACUUCUUCAUUACUAACCUGAUGGAUGUGCUGCAGAGGAGUCCAGAUAAUGGUAUUGAAGAGUCCUCCAUACUGGAGACAGUGAAUGCUGUUGCUGCUGGAAAACCUUUGUCUUGUCCCAACCAUGAUGGAAAUGUAAUGGAAUUUUACUGCCAGUCAUGUGAGACUGCUAUGUGCCAAGACUGUACUGGAGGGGAGCAUGCCGAGCACCCCACAGUUCCACUCAAAGAUGUGGUGGAACAACAUAAGGCAGCGCUGCAGGCUCAGCUAGAUGCUGUUAAGAAAAGGUUACCAGAAAUAGACUCGGCCCUUCAUGUUGUGUCUGAAAUCAUCAAUCAGCUAGCUACACAAAAGUCAAGCAUUGUAGAUGAAAUCCAUUCCACUUUUGAGGACUUACAGAAAACACUAAAUGUGCGGAAGAGUGUCUUACUCAUGGAACUGGAAGUGAACUAUGGACUGAAACAUAAAGUCCUCCAGGCACAGCUGGACACGUUAAUUGAAGGCCAGGAAAGUAUAAAAAGUUGUAGCACUUUUACAGCACAAGCACUCAACCAUGGAACGGAAACAGAAGUCUUGCUAGUGAAAAAGCAAAUGAGCGACAAACUGAACGAGUUGGCUGAGCAGGACUUUCCAUUACAUCCUCAUGAAAAUGACCAGUUGGACUUUAUAGUUGAAACUGAAGGACUAAAAAAAUCUAUACACAACCUUGGGACGAUACUUACUACAAAUGCUGUGGCUUCUGAAACAGUGGCCACAGGUGAAGGAUUAAGGCAGAGUGUGGUUGGUCAGCCUAUGUCUGUUACAAUUACCACAAAGGACAAAGACGGAGAACUCUGUAAAACUGGCAGUGCCUACAUUUCUGCUGAGCUGUGCACCCCCGAUGGGAGUAUAACAGAUGGAGAAAUAUUAGACAAUAAGAAUGGCACCUAUGAGUAUUUGUAUACAAUUCCAAAGGAGGGUGAUUUCACGCUUUCUUUGAGACUGUAUGAUCAGCAUAUUAAAGGAAGUCCUUUUAAGCUGAAAGUAGUGAAGUCUGCAGAUGUGUCACCUACAACAGAAGGUGUAAAACGGAGGGUAAAAUCUCCAGGCAGUGGACACGUAAAACAGAAAGCUGUGAAGAGGCCAGCAAGUAUGUAUAGCACGGGUAAAAGGAAAGAAAACCCCAUAGAAGAUGACCUGAUAUUCCGAGUUGGUACAAAAGGAAGAAACAAGGGAGAAUUUACCAAUCUUCAGGGUGUAGCUGCAUCAACUAAUGGAAAAAUCUUGAUUGCAGAUAGCAACAACCAGUGUGUCCAGAUCUUUUCAAACGAUGGACAGUUUAAAAGUCGUUUUGGCAUCCGCGGAAGGUCACCAGGCCAACUCCAGAGGCCAACAGGAGUCGCUGUUCACCCAAGUGGUGAUAUCAUCAUAGCAGAUUACGACAACAAGUGGGUCAGCAUAUUUUCGUCUGAUGGCAAAUUUAAGACAAAAAUUGGAUCAGGAAAACUGAUGGGUCCUAAGGGAGUUUCAGUAGAUCGCAAUGGACAUAUUAUAGUGGUAGACAACAAAGCAUGCUGUGUGUUCAUCUUCCAGCCCAAUGGGAAAAUUGUGACCAGGUUUGGAAGUCGAGGAAAUGGAGACAAGCAGUUUGCAGGACCUCACUUUGCCGCUGUGAACAGCAACAAUGAAAUAAUUGUAACGGAUUUCCAUAACCAUUCUGUCAAGGUAUUUAACCAAGAUGGUGAGUUCAUCUUGAAGUUUGGUUCAAAUGGAGAAGGCAAUGGACAGUUUAAUGCACCAACAGGAGUGGCUGUAGAUUCCAAUGGAAAUAUCAUUGUAGCUGACUGGGGAAACAGCAGAAUACAAGUUUUUGAUGGAAGUGGAUCAUUUUUAUCCUACAUCAACACUUCUGCUGACCCACUCUAUGGUCCACAGGGACUUGCCUUGACAUCAGAUGGUCAUGUUGUGUCGUAGCAGACUCUGGAAAUCACUGUUUUAAGGUUUACCGGUACUUACAGUAA